CUUCUCCCCCAGGCCCUCCCCUCUCCUUUUCCCCCUUUCUUCCGUCCGACCCUAGACAACCUCCGCUUGUUCCCUUCCUCCCUCACUCCAAAAUCCUCAUUCUCCACGUCUCGAAAGUAUCUCCCACCCCCUAGCUCCAUCCCCAACGUCCAUCUCUCGGAACAACUUCCGCCCAACUCCAUAACGGCGUCUCCCAGUUCCCCGCCAGGUGGACCGGAAGUACGUCAUGACGAGGCGCCGGAGCGCUCGUUUGGCGCGCGCGCCGUUAGCGGCGGGGCUGUGCUAAUUUCUUGGGUUUUCUGUCAAUUUUCUUUGGUUUUUGAUUUUUUUCGGACUUGUAUACUUACAAUUUUGGAGAUGCCGUCUUCUUUGCUUGGCGCGGUGAUGCCGGCUUCCACAUCGGCUGCAGCCCUGCAGGAAGCUCUGGAGAACGCGGGGCGACUUAUCGACAGGCAAUUGCAAGAAGACCGCAUGUAUCCGGACCUUUCCGAGCUUCUCAUGGUGUCCGCCCCAAACAGUCCCACCGUUUCUGGCAUGUCAGAUAUGGAUUAUCCUCUCCAAGGACCAGGUUUGCUCUCGGUACCCAAUCUUCCAGAGAUCAGUUCCAUCCGAAGAGUUCCUCUCCCACCUGAACUUGUCGAACAGUUUGGACAUAUGCAGUGUAACUGCAUGAUGGGCGUAUUCCCUCCUAUCAGCAGAGCUUGGCUUACCAUUGACAGUGACAUUUUCAUGUGGAACUUUGAGGAUGGAGGAGACCUUGCCUAUUUUGAUGGACUUAGUGAGACUAUUCUUGCUGUGGGGCUUGUGAAACCAAAAGCUGGGAUCUUUCAACCUCAUGUACGACACCUCCUGGUUUUGGCAACCCCUGUGGAUAUAGUAAUCCUUGGACUCAGCUAUGCUAAUUUGCAGACAGGUUCUGGAAUUCUUAAUGACAGUAUGUCUGGUGGGAUGCAGUUGCUUCCAGAUCCUUUAUACUCUCUUCCCACUGAUAAUACAUACCUUUUAACAAUAACUUCCACUGAUAAUGGCAGAAUUUUCUUGGCUGGGAAGGAUGGCUGUUUAUAUGAAGUAGCAUACCAAGCAGAAGCAGGUUGGUUUAGCCAGCGAUGUAGGAAAAUAAACCACUCGAAGAGUUCACUUUCUUUUCUUGUUCCUUCCUUACUGCAAUUCACAUUCUCAGAAGAUGAUCCUAUUGUUCAAAUUGCUAUAGAUAAUUCUAGAAAUAUUUUAUAUACACGAUCGGAGAAAGGUGUAAUACAGGUUUAUGAUUUGGGCCAUGAUGGACAAGGAAUGAGCAGAGUUGCCUCAGUUUCACAGAAUGCUAUUGUCUCUGCUGCCGGAAACAUUGCUAGGACCAUUGAUCGUUCUGUUUUUAAGCCAAUUGUUCAAAUAGCAGUGAUUGAAAAUUCUGAAUCACUGGACUGUCAGUUACUGGCUGUCACUCAUGCAGGUGUUCGAUUAUAUUUUAGCACUUGUCCGUUCAGACAGCCGUUAGCACGUCCUAACACACUGACACUAGUUCACGUCCGCUUACCUCCUGGAUUCUCAGCAUCUUCGACAGUGGAAAAGCCCUCCAAAGUACAUAAAGCCCUUUAUAGCAAAGGUAUUCUACUAAUGGCAGCUUCAGAAAAUGAGGAUAAUGACAUUUUAUGGUGUGUCAAUCAUGAUACAUUUCCAUUCCAAAAGCCAAUGAUGGAAACCCAGAUGACAACCCGUGUUGAUGGUCAUUCCUGGGCUCUUUCUGCAAUAGAUGAAUUGAAAGUAGACAAGAUAAUUACACCGUUAAAUAAGGAUCAUAUUCCAAUAACUGACUCACCAGUGGUUGUGCAGCAGCACAUGUUACCUCCAAAGAAAUUUGUUCUCCUCUCAGCACAGGGGAGUCUCAUGUUUCACAAACUUAGACCUGUAGAUCAACUGAGGCAUUUACUUGUGAGUAACGUGGGUGGAGAUGGAGAAGAAAUUGAAAGAUUCUUUAAAUUACAUCAGGAAGACCAGGCUUGUGCAACAUGCCUUAUCCUUGCUUGCUCUACUGCUGCCUGUGACAGAGAAGUAUCUGCUUGGGCUACUCGAGCUUUCUUCAGGUAUGGUGGUGAAGCGCAGAUGAGAUUUCCAACCUCUCUUCCACCUCCAAGUAAUGUUGGUCCCAUCUUGGGGUCUCCUGUCUAUUCUAGUUCUCCUGCUCCUAGUGGUAGUCCUUAUCCAAAUCCAUCCUUUUUAGGAACACCAUCUCAAGGUAUACAGCCUCCUGCUAUGUCAACUCCAGUGUGUGCUGUGGGAACCCCUGCAACUCAGGCCGCCAGUAUGAGUUGUAUGACUGGACCAGAGAUUGUGUACUCUGGAAAGCACAAUGGUAUCUGCAUAUACUUUUCUCGAAUCAUGGGAAACAUCUGGGAUGCUAGCUUAGUUGUGGAGAGAGUAUUCAAGAGUGGCAACAGAGAGAUCACUGCGAUCGAAAGUAGUGUUCCUUGCCAGCUGCUGGAAUCAGUGUUGCAGGAAUUAAAAGGUUUGCAAGAAUUUCUAGACCGAAACUCCCAGUUUGCUGGAGGACCAUUAGGAAAUCCAAAUACUACUGCCAAAGUACAACAAAGGCUGAUGGGAUUCAUGCGUCCUGAAAAUGGAAAUUCCCAGCAAAUGCAACAGGAGCUACAGAGGAAGUUUCAUGAGGCUCAACUGAGUGAAAAGGUUUCACUUCAGGCAAUCCAGCAGUUGGUUCGAAAAUCCUACCAGGCUCUGGCUUUAUGGAAACUUCUUUGUGAACAUCAGUUUACUCUCAUUGUGGGAGAACUUCAGAAGGAAUUUCAAGAGCAGCUGAAAAUCACUACCUUUAAAGAUCUGGUUAUCAGGGACAAAGAACUCACUGGGGCAUUAAUUGCUUCUCUGAUCAACUGCUACAUCAGAGACAACGCUGCUGUUGAUGGCAUUAGUUUGCACUUGCAGGAUAUCUGCCCCCUUCUGUAUAGCACUGAUGAUGCUGUGUGUUCUAAGGCAAAUGAGCUUCUCCAGCGUUCCCGACAAGUUCAGAAUAAGACAGAAAAGGAAAGGAUGUUAAGGGAAUCAUUAAAAGAAUACCAAAAAAUCAGCAAUCAAGUGGACCUUUCCAGUGUUUGUGCUCAGUAUCGACAAGUGCGUUUUUAUGAGGGUGUAGUGGAACUUUCUCUAACUGCUGCAGAGAAAAAAGAUCCUCAGGGUCUUGGACUUCAUUUCUAUAAACAUGGAGAACCAGAAGAAGACAUAGUAGGACUUCAGGCUUUCCAAGAAAGAUUAAACAGUUACAAAUGCAUUACGGACACACUUCAAGAACUGGUAAAUCAAAGUAAGGCUGCUCCUCAGUCUCCCAGUGUACCCAAAAAGCCAGGCCCCCCAGUUCUGUCGUCUGAUCCCAAUAUGCUGAGUAAUGAAGAAGCUGGACAUCAUUUUGAACAAAUGCUUAAACUGGCUCAGCGAUCGAAGGAUGAGCUCUUUAGUAUUGCCCUUUAUAACUGGCUAAUACAAGCUGAUCUUGCAGAUAAGCUGCUACAGAUCGCUUCUCCAUUUCUGGAGCCACAUCUAGCUCGAAUGGCCAAAGUUGAUCAAAACAAAGUCUGUUACAUGGAUUUACUCUGGAGGUAUUAUGAGAAAAACAGAAGUUUUAGUAGUGCUGCCCGUGUCCUGUCCAAGUUGGCUGACAUGCAUAGCACAGAAAUUUCACUUCAGCAGCGGCUGGAAUACAUCGCUCGAGCCAUUCUCAGUGCCAAAAGCUCCACUGCUAUCUCGUCUAUAGCUGCGGAUGGUGAAUUCCUUCAUGAAUUAGAGGAGAAAAUGGAGGUUGCUAGGAUCCAACUUCAGAUACAAGAGACUCUACAAAGGCAAUAUUCCCAUCAUUCUUCUGUGCAGGAUGCAGUUUCUCAGUUGGAUUCUGAGCUAAUGGACAUAACUAAGCUUUAUGGAGAAUUUGCCGACCCGUUUAAACUUGCAGAGUGUAAACUUGCAAUAAUUCAUUGUGCUGGUUAUUCAGACCCUAUAUUGGUGCAGACGCUUUGGCAGGAUAUAGUAGAGAAAGAACUGAAUGAUAGCGUAACGUUGAGCUCCCCAGACAGAAUGCAUGCACUUAGCCUCAAGAUUGUCCUCCUUGGGAAGAUUUAUGCUGGCACUCCUCGUUUCUUUCCUUUAGAUUUCAUAGUACAGUUCUUAGAGCAGCAAGUAUGUACUUUGAACUGGGAUGUGGGCUUCGUAAUACAGACAAUGAAUGAAAUUGGAGUGCCAUUACCUCGACUACUAGAAGUUUAUGAUCAGUUGUUCAAAUCACGGGAUCCAUUCUGGAACAGAAUGAAGAAGCCACUGCACCUUUUGGAUUGUAUACAUGUACUAUUGACAAGAUAUGUUGAGAAUCCUAGCCAAGUUUUAAAUUGUGAGAGGAGAAGAUUUACCAAUCUCUGCCUGGAUGCUGUUUGUGGUUACCUGGUUGAGCUCCAGUCAAUGAGCUCUUCAGCUGCAGUACAAGCCAUUACUGGGAAUUUUAAGUCUCUUCAGGCAAAGCUAGAACGGCUUCAUUAAUAUUGUAAUGUAAUUUCAUAUGUGCAUUUUGAUUUGUAAAAUAAAAGCUCAGCUGGGUCCAGACAUCAGGUGUUCUAAAUCUAAGAUUUUAAGAACAAUUUUAAUAGAAAUGUGUUUUUAAUAAGUUGCUAAUGUCUACAAAUAGUACAUUUGCCAAAUGACUUAUAUUUUAUGACCACUAUUUUUGUUGUCCAGUAAUUGGGUUAAAAAACAACUGUGUAGCCAGUAAAGCCACCACCUACAAUGCCAACAUCCCAUGUGGACGACAGUUCAAGUCCCGGCCACUCCACUUCUGAUCCAGCUCCCUGCUAAUGACCCGGGAAAGCAGUGGGGUAUGGCCCAAGUGCUUGGGCUCCUGCACCCACAUGGGAGAACUGAAAGAGGCUUCUGACUUCUGGCUUCAGUCUGGCCCAGCUCUGGCUGUUGGGGCCGUUUGGAGAGUGAACCAGCGUUUCUCACUCUCUCUAUAACUCUGCCUUUCAAGGAAACAAAUCUUUAAAAAAUAAAAACAAAAAACACAACUGAAAUAAGAUUAUAAUCUUAACGCAAGGAUAAAAUUAUUUUAGAACUCUGGUUUUUAAUUCUGUUGCCUGCAGAAACUUUGAAUUUGAAAGUUUUAUUAUUCCUUUUGAAGUUCCUCCAAGGAUAUAGAUAUCAAAACUGAAACAGGCCAGCUAAACAAGUCUGUACCCAUAAUACUGUAUUCCACAACAGUCCUUAAAUAGGCAAAUAACAGUCUAAUCAAAAUAAAUUUUUUAUAUGUUGGGUUCAUCUUUGGAAGAUUUCCUCCAGCUACUAGUCAGUUGAAGAUUGACAUAUAUGUGUUUGUUUAUUAAACAAGUGAUAAACUUGCAACUAAUGUUCUGUGUCCUCAAAAUGUAUGCAGGGAGGUACUUCCCAUUAUGUCUACCCAACUCUCUGGCCUUGUGACUGCUGAUUCCACCAGAGCCCUUCUUAAAGUGAAUGCUUCAGACCUUGAAACCAGCAGCAUCAGCAUCACCUGAGAAUUUUAGAAAUUGAGAUUUCUGGAUCCUACCUCAGACUUACUGAGUCAGAAACUACCGGGCUUUUAACAAGCUCCCAGGGAAUUCUGGUGCCUGUCAAGUUUGUAAACCAUUCUCGUGGAGGAUACUACAGGAUUGAAAUUUCCCUAUGUUUCCUCCUCCCUACUCUACAAUCAGCAGGCUUUACCCAAGCUACACAGUAUGCAGGUAUAAAGCAAAAUUGUUAGUUAUGUAGUUUUUAAUUAGCCUUUAACAGCUUUGGAAUAACUAAACCAAGUGACCCAAAGUCAUAGCAACCAGGGAGGAGAAGAGUGGGAAUGACCACAGUUAGCACAAAAGCUAAAAGGUGGGACUCUCACUCUCUCCUUUAUAAGAGUAAUUAAGUUCUGCUAGUUGUCACUAAUGCAUGUGUAAUAGUUUUUAAAAUAUAUCUGGAAAAUUGUUCAUAUACACUUAACUUUUUACAGAACAUAGAGUUCUCCAUGUUUUUUCUCAGAAUUAAGCUUCCUUUUUCCUUUGAGGUUCUAACAUGUAAUGAAUUGAAUAUUGCUACCUCUCAGAAUUUUCAGCUUUUCAGUUUUAGUUUAAUCUUUUUGAAUGAAUAUGUAAAAUUAAUAUAAGCUAAUAUUAUCAGUUCUGUAAAUUUAAGAGUCUUGUUAUGGCUAUGUAAAGUGAAGGGAUUGCGUAAGUGCUAUAAUUUAAGUGUGAUUCCAUUUCUGCAAGGGAUACAUAUAUAUAACUCCAGUUUUAUGUCAAACACAUUUAUACACUAACAUUAAUAUAUAUGUUAAAUAUACUCAGCUCACAAUGUUGAAAGUCAUCUUUUAUAAGGGCUAUCCACUAGCAUAUUAAAUGGUCAGAGGGGCCGUCACUGUGGCAUAGCGGGUAAAGCCACUGCCUGCAGUGCUGGCAUCCCAUAUGGGCACUGGUUUGAGCCCCAGCUGCCCCACUUCCAAUCCAGCUCUCUGCUAUGGCCUAAGGAAGCAGUAGAAGAUGGCCCAAGUGCUUAGGCCCCUGCAUGCAUGUGGGAGACCAGGAGGAAGCUCCUGGUUCCUGGCUUCAGAUCAGCCCAGCUCCGGCCAUCAUGGCCAUCUGGGGAGUGAACUAGCGGAUGGACCUCUCUCACUGUCUCUCUGCCUCUGCCUUUCUGUAACGCUGCCUUUCAAAUAAAUCUAUAAAAAUAAAAAUUAAAAAUGAAUGGCCAGAAAUCUGAACUCUUAUCCCUUUUAUUCACAUCAAACACUUUGAGAGAGUUUAAGAAUAUAAUAUUGCUCAUAGCAGAUACUCACGAUAGCUUUGGUGGGAGCUGGGGCAAGAUUCCCUAAGGGAAGAAAUUAAGUCCCUUAAUGUUUAGUUCUCUAGAACCUUAGCAUCCAUAAUAAUAAUCUGUAUGGCUUUCACAACAGAUCGAGUUCCACCCCCUGCUUGACGCGGUUCUGGCAGUCAGUGCAUCCAACAUGGAGCAGUAUUGUUUUAGCACAUUUGUCCACUGGGUCAGCAGACUUUUACUCAACAUGUUUCUUUGUAUUGACUAUUAAACAAUUAGUGAGGGUACAUCAGAAAGUUAAUGGCAGGGCUGGCACUGUGGCAUAGCUAGUAAAACAGCUCGCUGUAGUGCUGGCAUCCACAUUGGUGCCAGUACGAGUCCCAGCUCUCUUUAAGGCCUGGGAAAGCAGCAGAAGAUGGCCCAAGUGCUUGGGCUGCUUUACCUGCAUAGGUGACCCAGAAGAAGCUCUUGGCUCCUGGCUUUGGAUUGGCAUAGCUCCAGCCAUUGCAGCCAUUUGGGGAGUGAACCACCAGGUAGAAGAUUCCCUCCCUACCUCCCUCCCUCCCUCUCUCUCUGCCUCUCUCUAACUCUGCCUUUCAAAUAAAUAAAUAAAAUAAAAUAAAAUAAAAA